AGCAGUUGGUGGAGGAGGAGGGGGGGCAGUGCUACGUUGGAUGCUCGCGAGAAGACAGAUGCUGAGGCUGGUAACGUCGGAGAGAGGCUCGUAUUCACACGGACUAGGAUGUGAACCCGAAGAGAUGGAGACCUUCAUCCAUCUUCACCCGAAUCUAACCGAUCUUGGGAGUCAAGCCAAGAUGUGACCGUCACGCUGCGUCAUAGUUUGGAUCUGUCCAGUCUUUACAACACUUGUUUCUAUAGCAACUGAGAAAUUCUAAAAAGCACCAUUCCAACAAUGCCGUCCUCCGGCUGCUCCUCGCAGCCUCCGAAGCCGCGACGCUUCGACGUCAGCAGACGGACCAACGCCGUAGCGGGACCAAAGUCUCAUGGCCCGGCUUCACAGAGGGAGGACAAAAACAUGAACACAAUCAGCGCCCCCUCCCCACGCCGCGCUCCCAAAGGCCCCGCUGCUCCAAUCAGGACCAGGGCAGCAGUUCAGCCGCGAGCCCCAGUAAGCCAGACCAGAUUUGGCGCACAAAAACAGGCUACCGCCCCCUCCAAGGCGGCGAAGCCCAAACCCAAGAGCGCUCGCGCCUCGGCAGUGACCCAGAUUGCGCCCGCAGACCUGCCGCCGCCGCUUCCCUCCGUCCUCCCGCUCGAUCCCAACUGCAACGAGCCGAGCCUGCCGUGUUUGUGCUGCGACGGCCGCUCCCCGCAGGACAACAACAGCAUGUUCAACCACAACCACAACAACAACAACACCGUCUCGAUCCGACAGCAGCUGCAGCUCCCGCCCCCUCCGGCCCCGCUGCCCCAGAGGCCGGGUGUGAUAGGGAGCAAGGAGCAGCCUCAGCCCGUCUCACAAGGUCAGGCCCCAUCGGAGGCGUCUGUGCGCCCCGCUGCCAGUCUGGAGAACAAAGACAAGAGUGCAGAUGACUGUGCUGGUCUGGACAACAAGAAGACUGUAAAGGUAGAGGAGGACGAUGACGAGGAAGAGAGCAGUGGGGAUAUUGAUAUUGACUACGAUGACGACGAGGCUGAAAACGAUGACGACGACGACGACACUCUUGUGCCCUCCUGCUGUGACUGCCCCCCCUCUCUCCUGGAGUUCUCGCUCUCCUCGUCUUCCUCCUCCUCCUCCACUUCUAUCAGCUCCUGCUCUGAUCUGGAGUCCGACUGUGCAGAUCAAUCCUCGUCCCUCUGCUCCUCCCACGACCAAGAUAAUCUCUCUAUUGCACUGUCCCUCAAAGACCGCUCACUUCCGCAAGCCAGAGAGGGCCCGUUUCCAGCCCGCUCCCCCCCAUCCCCUCCCCGUAAUCCCUUCUCCUUAGUGUCACAGAUUCCACCUUGCUCCCCAGAUGAAGGCUACCCCUCUGCCCUGGAUUCCCCUUCACCAGACUAUCUAGGAGUCAAAGGGGAUUCAGAGGGCACCAAACUAGGCCUCCUUGACUUCUUAGAAUCAGUAGGGGAGUUCGGGAAAAUGGAGCGAUUCAGUCAGGUGAUCCAAGUGGCCCGCUGGGAUUUGGAGGGGGAACAACACUGGGAUGUUCUGAGGGAUCGACUGGAUCACCUGGACCGCCUGGAAAAAGUGAACAGGGAGGUUAAACUGGCCUACAUCGCAAGACUCCAUGAGAAGGGGUUUGACCUUGGAGAUCUGGAAGAGCAAGACCUCUCGGAUGUCAUGGAUGAAAUGGGAAACAUUGACAUUCCCUUGAAGCUGUAUAAAAGCCGCGGGGAGAUGCGAGACUCUCAAGAGUUUUCUGACGCUGGCGUUGACCUCACUGCUCCGUCAGACACCGAUGAGCCUCUUGUUCCAGAUUCUCUGACCCCGUCCCCUGUGGAGCCACCACCUCGUCCCCCAAAACCUCCAGCACGCCAUGCCAGUGUGACCUCUGACCUCCACACCUACAUCAACAUUAGCAGGGAGACCACCUCCAUGGCCGUGUCCACCUCCCCCACCUUAUCCACUUUCUCCCUGAACUCCUCCUCCCCCACAUUCACCACCUUCAGGUGUGAAAAAUCGCUACCUCCUUCUCCACCGUCGGUUCCUCCUCUCCCUGCCACUAAGCCUGUCCCGUACCUCACCCUCUAUACCACCUCUUCUCCACCUCCAGCUAAUCCCACCCCAACUCCUCCCAUCCCUCCCCCUCGGAAGCGACACCUUGCCAGGAAGGAGGCACAGCGUCUUGCUGCUCUUCAAGCUGAACAAGAAAAGACUCCCGUGUCCCUUCCACCUCCCACCACACGGCCACCCCCUCUUCCUCCUCCACCUGUUAUCUCAAUCUCAUCCUCAUCGCCCCCUGCCAUACCUCCUCCCCCUAUUCUACCUCCUCCCCCCUCCUUCCACGCCCUGGAUGUGGAGAUUAGGAAACUACUGAUGCUUGCAGGACUGACCCAAGCUGAGCUCCUCAAACUCAGCCCAGAGCUUGGAGUGUGUGUUGAAGGGUUGGAGGAUGAGGGAGAUGAAAACAAUUUUAUCCUGUCUAGAUCUGGGGACUCACAUGAGUUCAGACUAAAAGGCAAGGAGGAAGUGAUGGAAAGUGAGAUCCAUUUCAUGAGACGAGAUGGGUGGAGCAGCGGAGACAAACUGGAUGGAGAUCAACGAGUCAAUGUGGGCGAUGAAGGCCAAAGAAAGGAGAGUAAGGACACACAAAGAACCACCUCAUUCACAGAGAUGGCAAGGAGGAGAAAGAGGGUGGGGUCAGACCACUACUACAGCACCAGUCUCAGCAAUACACAGGAAACUAAAGCUAAGAAUGUGAGCUUUGAGACUUUCCAUUAUCCUGCCGAGUUACCACAUUCCCCUCCACCUCCGCCGCCUCCUCGCCCCUUACCUCCAGUUCCACCAUCUUUACCACCCGCCAAAGUCAGCACCCUGCCGGCCAACUCUGCCCAACCUGAGCGAUUUGACUGGCUUAUAGCGUUCACCCCCGACGCUGAUGCCCCACCACAGCCUCUGCCCCUGGCCAUGAGGAAGUCCUACAUGGAAACCCAAAGGAAGCUCAAUACGUCCGGGCCAUCUCCAGGGUCAGCGCCAAAGGUCACGACCUUCAAAGAGCUGCGCUUCCGCAAUAAAAACACCUCGCCUCCAACAAGGGUGAUCACAGAGCCAGAUCCCGACCCCACGGUCAUCACCCCAGACCCAGAUAUACUGUACAACUUGAAGUGGAGGCGAGAGAAGGCGGGCACGGACGGAAGCCAGUGGGAGUACACCUCUCAGGCUCAGGCCUUGUUAAUGCAGCCGCCACCGGCCCUCACCUCAAUGGCUGCUCUGAAGGAAAUGCUCCAGAGAGCACAGGAGGAGGGUGGACGUCCAGAGCUGUGCCCAUCACAAAAGAUGGGCUGCUCAGUUAGUGACAGCAGCCUGUGGACCAUGGGCAGAGAGUGGGAGGACGAAGAAGCUAAGAGGGAGGAAAGGGAAAGGAAAACAAAUGAAGACAGAGAGGAGACGAAGGUGGAGGUGAGAGGACGAGCUGACGGAGAAAGGACUUUUGAAUCGAGAAUUACGGUGUCCCCCCCCCCACUCUCCCUGCAGCAGUCCACCCAGCCCUACUUCCUGCACGCCGCCCUCCCCCCCUACCGCCCCGGCUACCGUAGCCCCCAACCCAGCGCAGGUCCCAGGCCCCACGGCCACGUGGGCAGGGAGUCACCGCGGGCCCCCGUCGCCGGCUCAGCUCGUAGCCGCAAAGACGGUUCCAGCACUGAUUUCCUCUCUGAGUUUGACUAUGAGUCCCUGGCGGAUUUCGGUGUAGACUGUCCCCGCGAUCUGGGGAAUAUCUUUACUCCAAACACACACUCCGCCCACCAGCACCGCAGUGAUUACAAAACGAACGCCUGGGACUUUGUGUCCGACUCCGUUGGUAAUUUUGACUCUCUGUACUGUAGUGACUCAGACCAGAAGAAUGACCCAACCGCUGAGCCAGACAUGUCUGUUAAUGGCACCGCUGAUGGCUCAGGUUGCACCACUCCAUACAAAAACAUAGAUGUCCUGAUGACCUAUUCAAGGUCCAUCAAUCCUGUGGAUUCACUGUACUCAGAAACGCACACGCACUCACACAAAGACCCCCACAGCAACAAGGCCAGGACAUCCAAAGACCUCCCCCCCGUCCCCACCUAUUUCCUGUACCACCCCAAAAACUGCCCUCUGCACCGCGGUGCCCCUCCCCGCCUCUCCCCCAUCGGAGCCCUCUCCCCUCCCCAUCGCUCUGGAGCGCCCCCACCGGGUGCCGCGGGCUACUGCCUCAGCUCCCCGCUUUUCCCACGCUCGCACACCUUGCCCGCCCUCGCUGCUCCCUUCUACUACCCCAACCUCUACCCUCCCAUCCCCCCCAGGCCGCCUCCCCUACCCCCAAAACUCUACCAGGCUCCUCUGCAGUCACGUGCAGCGACUGUUCGCAGUGUGUCAUUUGCCGGUUCCGUACAGAGGGAGGACACGUCCUGGAUGGGCGAAGAUGUGAAGCAGCCGAUGAGAGGUUACGGCCUCUCCUCUCUGUGCCUGCAGGAAAAGAAAGCUCGGGUCAGUGCCGUCAGCGUGGCAGUGGAAGCCAUCUUGACCCACUUCAGUUCUUCUCGGACUAUAGUUCAGAAGUCUCUCUCAGUUAACCAGGCCUUAUCAGGAGACAGCGCCAUAAAUCCAUCUCUCGGCCGUCUGGUGCUGCAGUGCCUCUGCCCCGCCCUGCACGGCUUGCUGACCGAUGGCUUGAAACCCCACCAGAGUGACCUGAUUGCAGGCAGGAGGCCAAACUCCGCCUGGGGUCUGGUCCAGGCCUCGACUAAGCCAGGUCCUAGGACUCAAGCCUUGUUCAACCUCCAGGUUCGUGUUGGGGAGCUGCCUCAGCUCAGACAGAGCAAACACAGGUUCAAUGCGUUUCUGCUUGGCUUACUGAAUAUCAAGUUUCUUGAUUUCUGGCUUUCACACCUCCAGUCUUGCAACGACGUCUUGGUCACAUAUUACCACCCCACCUCCUUCAUGCGCCUGUCGCUGACCGUCUGCCAGCCUCUGUUCGAGGAGCUGCUCCUCGUGUUGCAGCCUCUCAGCCUGCUGACCUUCAACCUCGACCUGCUCUUCCAGCAUCACCAUUUAGAGCCCGACACUAACAGCCCAGAGGUUCCCAGCCCGCGCUGUCAGGAUGCAGGGUUCCAGCUGUCGCCAAGGGGACCCUUAUCUAAAACCACAGACAGCAGACGUAAUGAAAUUCUCCCAGAAGUAGACCUUAGAAGUCCAGAACAUCAGACAGUUAAAGGAAAAGCGCCAUCGUGUGCUAAUUCGAUAAGUGGAGUCUCUGGGCAGUUGCCACGUAGCAGUGCUGCACCCAUAAAGCCGUCCGUCACCGUCAGCCAGACGAGUCCUCAGCUGUUGUGGGUGCAGGAGAAGGAGAUUGAAGAGUUACCUCCUCCUGAGAUUGAGGAGGACAGCCUCGCUCAGCAGGCGGGACAGGUGAUCCAGCAGGGAUGGGGCGCUGUGAUGCGCUGGGGAGGCCGACUCAGCCAGAACCUGGCUGAGCUGAGCUUGUCCGCAGGGAAGAAGGAGGAGCUGAAGACAGAUCCAGGGCCCGGUGUCCAGAGCCAGGCGGGAGGCGACUACGCUCCAGUCAGCAGCAGUGUUCAGGUUCCCUGGGGUCUGGGCCGACUGUUUGGAGCCUCAAAGGGCUCCGUCAGCCCGACAGGUCAAACGGCACCAACCAGGCGUCCCUCUCAGUGGUUGGCUCCCGGUGUCACGGCCCUGACCCGAAUGGUGAGCAGCACUUCCACCCCAGUGCUAAGGAGGGACCCAGAGCCUCAGGGAGAAAGCGAGCCAGAACCAGAGAAGGAGGGCGACGCAGUGGAGAUGAAAGACAAACCUAGAGCACUCAGGUCAGUGCGAACGCUGUGCGACCACACCGGAUCGGGUUCGGAGCUCAGCUUUUGCAGGGGGGAGGAACUCGUGGUGCUGGGAGGAGUCGACCAGGACUGGAUUCGCUGUCGUCAGGGAGACAGAGAGGGGCUGGUACCUAUUGGCUACACGUCUCUCAUCAUGUGACUUCGGCGCCGUAGCCGCUGCACUCAAUCAAUGAAAAACAACAAAAAAAACGAUAUAUUUUAGGCAAGUAUUGAGAGGUUGUGGUGAGGCUCCGCUACUCUGAAAGGGAUAUUUCAUGCUGCUUUGGUUGGUGUUUGAGUUGAGUGUCUAACACCAUCUGCUCUGCUUUAUGUGCAUCAGAGGCAGUCAGCAGCCCUCUGUCUUUAUGAACAUAUGGGCAUUUCUCCCAUCACAAUCCAUCCAGUUUGGUAGCAUUCAACUAAUGGAUUUUAGCAGCAGGAAUGCAGCAGAUGGUGUGAAAUAACGACUCAAGUCAAAUUUGGACCAUUUCACAUUCAAAGACCUUUAGUCUUGAAGUGAAGUAUCCCUUUAAAUGUCUUUUCUCCUCCAUGUCUGUGCUCCUCGCUUUCAGCCGCCGGUCUGAGCAUAAUAAGCGCAUUCAGAUCGGCAGCUGCCGUCGGAGGCGGCGCUGGUCUGGCUGCGGCCGAGUUAACAUCUGUUCGUCAGCCGUGGCUCACAGGUUGGCGAGUGGCAAAGGCAUGUUAGAGUAGUGGGCCGUAGCUCCUGCAUACAUAAUGCGUAGUAAUGUAGUGAACUGUAGCUGUGUAGAUCUGUGUUCUCUUGACCUUUCCCCCCUAUUGACCUUUCACCCUCGCCCUGUUCCUGUGUGUUUUGAAGUGUCUCUGCUCCUCUAUUUGACUGUAUAAAUAUACAUUAAAAAAGAAAUAUAUAUAUAUAUAUAUAUAAAUAUAGGUAUAUAUAUUGAGAUUGAUAUUAGAAAGAUAGAUGAACAAGACAAGGUGGCAGUGAAAUAAAGCAGCUUAAUACUGUGGCCACAUUUAUGGAUGUGUAAAAAUAAGUGGCUUUGUUCUUUAUCUUUAAACGUGCAAGUUUCCACAUGCGUUAAUUUGGUGCCAUCCAUGCACAGAGAACGGUGUGUGUGUGUGUUAAAGUAGGAAAUCCAGUAUCUUCCCUCUCGUAUGCUCUGUGUAAUGCCGCUGCACUGACAUCAUAUCCAUCAAACAAUUAUAUAGUCUCCUUCAUAUCUCACUGUAUGCUGUAAAUGCUUUGAGCGAAUGCCCGACUAUAUUAAUCUGUCCUACGCAGUUAUAAAGGAAAAUAUUAGGUAACAGCAGUCUGUAGCUAAAUUCUUUAUUGGUCCAGAACCUCACAAGGCCAAUGUGAGUCAGAGUCAACACCUCAAAAGUCUAUGCUCAGCUCUUAUUGAUCACUAUCUGAACCUAAAACGAAUGCAGGGGGGAAAUCUGUGAUGUGCGCGUGUCAUCAUAUCUGCUACUCUAUGGUCUGUGGGUUUGGUGGCUGGUCUUCACCUCGUACCUCAGCCCUUGUAUGUAUCCUAACCCUGCCCGCCAUGUUUGCUUAUCAUAAUCAUUUAUAUUAAUGAAAGUGGUAAUAGAAGUGGUAGUGGUAGUGGUGGAAGUGGUUUGUGGAUUCUAAUGUUGCUAAUAUGAAAUAUGUUGCUUUGUGUCAUAUAUUUCUUAGUUAUUAUAUAGAUUGUGUAUUGAGGACUAUGCAUAUGGUUAAAAAUGAACCUUUUUUUUGUGUUAUGAAGUCAUAAUUAUGCUUUAAUGUUUACACGGGAGUCAUGACCUACAGCCCAAAGUGAAGGCGUAAACACUUACAGUUCAUGUAAGAGCCUGAAUUGAACAGGUCUGGAUCCACGCGACCUCCAUUUCACUUAGCAGUAAGUGUUGUUGCUAUUGAUCAGUCAGGGAAAGCUCCGUUCUUCAGUUUCUCAUGUUGUCUUUCAAAGAAGUGUAGCAUGAGUUACUAUGGCAACAGCCCAGUAACAAUAAGUUAAAACAGUGGCCAUGACUUAUGACUAACCAUCACAUUAUAAUGUCAUCUAAUUGAUCAUAGGUGUUUACAAAAAACCCUAUUCUGAUAUUCAGUGUAACACUGGUUGACAUUAAAUUCUGUUAAUGCUUUUUUGUUUGUGUGUAUUUGCAAAUGAAACAUGCUUAGUCCAAAUGCAGGAAUUUAGCACCUUCUACUUAUUGACCUUUGGGUUUCUCAGAGAAAAAACGUUUAUCUGACACAUCUAGUGUCUGUGAUCCUGGGAAGUUCAUGUGCGACAGUGAAAGCAGAGAUGAGUGUGUCCGUACAUCCUGCACUGUGUGUGUGUGUGUGUGUGUGUGUGUGUGUGUGUGUGUGUGUGUGUGUGUGUGUGUGUGUGUGUGUGUGUGUGUGUGUGUGUGUGUGUGUGUGUGUGUCUGUGUGUGUGUGUGAGAGACAAUGAACUCUGUAUCUCCUGCUCCUCUUCCUCCCCCCUCUCUCUCUCUCUCUCUCUCUCGUCAUGUAGCCUGUAGACAUCUCCGUGUCCCACUGUUAGAUAUAGUCGAGUGCACCUCUAGUGUCGGUCACUGUCCUCUAUCUGCAUGUGCUUGUUUGUAAAUACAACAAAUAAAAAGAUGCGUAUAAACCAA